UGAAAGAGGACGAUAACGCGAGAUCACCGGCUACUCGGCUCACCAGGAUUCACAGCUGUCAAACGGCGGGGGAAAUAUACAUCAAUAGAUAAAUUCAGGUUUUACAUAGAUGUGGUCUAGUUAAUGCUCGGCCAAAACACUUCUCCUGGCGUAUAUUAAAAUACACUAGCUGUACCUGCCGCCGCUGCUAGUCCACCUCCUGUUAUUGUAUCAAAGCGCAAGGACUGCUCCCCCUUUCUUUAUCAUACUCUCCUACGGAUCGUAGCUACAGCAAUGGCGGAUCCCAAAUAUGCCAACCUGCCAGGAAUCGCUUCUAACGAGCCAGAUGUGUACGAGACCAGCGACCUGCCGGAGGACGACCAGGCCCAGUUUGAGUCGGAGGAGCUGUGCAGUGACAGUGUGGAGCGCAUCGUGGUCAACCCCAACGCCGCCUAUGACAAGUUCAAGGACAAGCGGGUCACCACCAAGGGGCUCGACUUCUCGGACCGCAUCAGUAAGAGCAGGAGAGUGGGCUACGAGUCUGGAGAGUAUGAGAUUCUGGCUGAGGGCUGUGGAGUGAAAGAGACCCCACAGCAGAAGUACCAGCGGCUGGUGAACGAGAUCCAGGAGCUGAGCCAGGAGGUGGAGUCUAUCCAGGCCAGCACGCGGGACAGCAGUGUGGAGGAGAGGCUCACUCCUGUGGCUCUGGCCCAGCAGGCUGCUCAGCUCAAACAGCAGCUGGUCUCCUCUCACCUGGACGCUCUGCUCGGGCCUCAGGCCCACAUCAACCUGGCCGACCCCGACGGAGCGCUCGCCAAGCGUUUGCUCACGCAGCUGGAGGUGGCGAGAGGCAGCCGCGGGGGAUCUGCCGGAGAGGGCCGGGGGGGCGGAGCCAAAGGCCCGGACGGCGUGGUGCUGUACGAGCUGCACAGCCGGCCUGAACAGGAACGCUUCUCUGAGUCUGCCAAGGUGGCUGAGCUGGAAAAGCGUCUUGCAGAGCUGGAGACAGCAGUGGGGUCCUGCCCAGAUAAGCAGAGCCCUCUGGUUGCUGGGUUGCAGGCAGGCAGUCUGAUGGAAACCAUGAAUCUGCUGCAGGCUCGGGUGGGGGUGCUGGACUUGGCCACUCUGGACCAGGUGGAGGCCAGGCUGCAGAGCGUCCUGGGUAAGAUGAACGAGAUCGCCAAGCAGAAGUCGGCCAUCGAGGACGCUGAGACGCAGAACAAGGUGUCGCAGCUUUAUGACAUCGCCCAGAAGUGGGACUCCAUGGCAACCACUCUCCCCCAGGUGGUGCAGAGGCUGAUCGCUGAGAAAGAGCUGCAUGAGCAAGCCAUGCAGUUUGGCUCGCUGUUGACGUACCUGGACACCACUCAGCAGAUGAUCAAUAACUCCCUGAAAGACGACGCCUCCCUGCUCACACAGGUCCAGCAGACGAUGAAGGAGAACCUGAAGGCGAUCGAGGAGAACUUCUCAGCGCUGGACCAGAGGAUGAAGAAACUGUCCAAAUAAACCUGUCGCUCUUCCACUUUCUAAGUAGAGGAAGAGGAGGAGGGGGAAACAGGAGAGUAAUCUUCUCCUUUCUCCUCUCCUAUAGCCCUUUUCUCCACCUCCGCCUUUUUUUUGAUGUUUUUUUUGCAAAGUUGGAAUGUAGGAAAAAACCAAACAAGACCAAAUGCUCCCACACUACAGUACCCUUGAACCAGGACAGGCCUCCUCUUCUGUAUCCUCCACCAGGUCUUUUAAUAUAGCCGCCUGGUGUAAACCAUUCUCAGUCCAGGCCCUUGUACAGCAAAGCUGGGCGUGGUUUUCACGCGCCUGUCAGAGUGCCCAGACCCCGCCCACAGGGGCGGUUCUGAGGGGCAAAGUCAUCCAGGCUGUUUGUACAGGAGUGCAUCAUGGGUAAAUACGUCCACUAACUGAAGAGGUAACGUUCGAGCGCACAGUACCCGCUGGUUGUUGGGCCUUGUUGGGGCGUGGGUGGGGCGGGGCAGGAACAGAUGCUUGUAAAUACGCCUGUAUACCUUAAAAUAUUUUCAUUGCUUCUUGUAUCUGACUGAUUUGCCACAGGAUAACCAGGGGUGGGAGAGUGAGGUGGCGUGGAAGCAAUUGUGGGUGGGGCUGCCAAUCUGCCAGUCACUGCUGCGUUUGAACCAAUCAGAGUUCAUCGAUUGGUUCAAAUCGGCCGGUUGCAGAUGGCGUAAUUGGCUCCGCCCGUUUGUCGUCACGGCGCCCGAUUCUCCCAUCGCUGCAGAUAACUUUGCUUUAGUCAAUGCCUACGAUGGACUGGACUGUACAUUAGACUGGUGUUGGAACCUGAAAUAAAUGUGCUUUAUCCACA